UACGCUUCCGCCAACAAACAGCGGGUCGUUGAAGAAGGGAUGGAGAACUUUAUCCUGUAUGAGGAGCUCGGAGCAGGCAGUAGGUCUGUUGUCUAUAAAGGAAGAAGGAAGGGCAAUCUCAACUAUGUAGCCAUCAUCUGCGCCGACAAAGCCAAGAGACCUGAGAUCACUAACCAUGUACGUCUCAGCCAUGAUCUGGAUCAUCCGAACAUAGUAUGCUUCUAUGAGUGGUAUGAGACAAGUGGCCACCUCUGGUUGGUAGUGGAGCUCUGUACAGGUGGUUCCCUGGAGUCUGUAAUUGGUCAUGAUGGGUGUCUGUCAGAAGAUGUGGUGAGGAGGUUUGGAUGGGACUUGGUCAAAGGACUGAAACACAUCCAUGACUCAGGAAUCAUUUUCUCUCACUUGACUCCUGCUAAGAUCCUACUGGAUGGCAGCGGGACUUUGAAGUUUGGGAACUUCUGUCUGUCCAAAGCAGACGGAGAGACACUGGAGGAUUUCUUCACCUUGCUCCCUACAUCUGAGGAGGCAGGGGGAGGAGAUAGCAAGGAGAACUAUAACAACAUGAGGAAAAAAUUACAUGGUCCUCCAACUUACAGUGCUCCAGAGGUUUUGCAGGGAUCAGAAACCAGUAUGAGCUCUGAUCUCUGGGCUCUGGGAUGUAUACUCUACUACAUGUAUACAGGUAAACCUCCAUUCUAUUCUGAUAGCGACACUGAACUGACAGAGAUGAUUUUACAUCAGGAACCACUGGCUCCCACACAGACAGUGUUUUCAGCCAGUCCUGCCAGUAAGGACUUCCAGAAUCUUCUCCAAGGCUUGCUCAACAAAAACCCAGAUAAGAGGAUAGACUGGCCUGAGUUGCUGGACCACCCUUUCUGGAAACAAGUACAAAUGCAGGAAGAGGAAGAGGAAGAGGAAGAUGAAGAAGAGGAUCAGGAGGAAAAAAUCAACUGUGAAGGGGUUGGCUCAGCUAGCUUGAGACACGCAGGGUUUCCUGACCCUUUACCUCCAGGACAGACAAACAAGCUUCCCAACAGCCAUUCGGCCAUCACCCAGCCAGCCCAUAAGAACCUGAUUUCAUCAGAGACAGCAACUGCAACGAUUAACAGAACAUCAGACAGAAGGACUGAUUGCCAACAAGCUGUCAGACACACAACCUCUGGAACCUUAAGGAAUAGCCAGAGCUUGAAAACGGAGAUGAGAAAGGAGAGAGGAGGAGAUGGGGAUGUAAUGAGAGAAGAUGACCCCAAGCUUACUGGUGCGCAGCAGGCUUGCCACACACUGCAGCCCAAUACGUCAUUCAUACUAGAUAACGUGUCAGAGCUCCGGCCAAAGAGUGGUGUGGAUGAGGACAACACUGAAGCGAUUUUUCUGUUGAGCUCCUGUGCCAACUCAAGGAGAAGCUGCAGUAUUUCAAACUGUCCAAAUGAGACCCCUCCACCUCAGACCAGCACUGGUACUGACAUCACAUCUUGUGUGAAAGCUCUUCUCCAUACUGACUCUGAUCUGACUGUCACCCCAAUCAUGGACAACCCCAAGAUUCUUAAGAGCCCUCCUUUGCGAUUUGAUCCCAAAACCCUUUGUGUACCAGCAUAUUCAGUUGAGAAGAUGCAGUCCCUGAGUGAUGAAGACUGGACUGUCUUUAUCUUACAGCUUUGUUCAUCCCUUGAAGAACCGAACCCCUCCACUGCUCCUCCUCCUCCUUCUCCUCACUCCACAGCCACUCGCUCCAAACUCAACCUGCUGUGCUACCUCUGCUGUGUGGUUGGUCAUAAAGUUAUUGCUAACAAGCUGAUGAACUCAACAUUGCUUCCAGUAUUGACCCAGCAAUUACGACAAGCUCCUAACUGGGAUGUACGGAGCAAGGUUCUCAGAGUGAUGGGUCUCCUGGCUCUGCACUGUACUGAACUGGGAGAGGGCAGUCUUGUUUCUGAGGCUGUGUCCACACUGACAGACCUGUUGAGGGAUAACCUGAGAAACAGUAAAAUAAAGCAGUUCCUGUUGCCACCACUCGGGGAGAUCCUCUACCUCAUUGCCUCUCAGGAGGAGAAGAGAGGCUCCCCAGAGGGACUGUGGUUCGUUCCCGCUGCCGCCUACACUGGCUUAAUGAGGAGCCUGCGGGAAGGGGAUGAUUCCAUAGUUCAUCACAUGGCUGCAAAAGCCAUAGAGAACAUCUCUGCUGUUGUCUCUGGCCCCUCCCACCACCUGGUUACCACAGAGAUAGCUUCCGCCCUGUGGUACCUGUUCACUCACUCCACUGUGGAGGCUGUCAGAGUCACUGCCAUAUCUGCUCUUUCAAGGCUAACCCGGGUGGUCCCAGCAGUCUUCUUGGCAGUUAUUGACACCUGUGGCCCUGCGGCCAUCUUGGAGGGCGUGGGUGCAGCAGGGGCCCGGGUCCAGCAGCACCUGCUCACUACUAUGACCACUGCCCUACUCACCUCACGCAUCCAAACACACCGCGUCACACAGAGCAGGGAUUUGGUCUUGAAGGUGCUGCGCUGUCUAGAGAGUCCAUCCACAGUAACAAGAGCCAAAGCAUUACUACUGCUACUUCUGCUAAUACAGGACAACACACACACGCUGCUAUACUGCUGUCAACACAGACUUGUGAUGCACCUGGAGAGAGACCUGCGCAAAGCCACUCCCCUCAGAGAGAACCCUGGCCAAUCAGGAUACCUGUCUCAGUGUCUUGAUUUACUGAUUGCAUAUCUGAGUAGCACUGCACCAUUGAUACUGGAGGAAGUCUUGUGUGCAUUACGAGGUGUGAUCGGGAGGAGACACCCAUCCACAGCUCAGAGCAGGCAGCUUAAACACACUUUGCCUACAUUGCCUGUAGUGCUGGAUCUCAUUUCAUCACAGGUCUUCAGAUCUCAAAUUGUAACUGAAGAGUUUCUUGCUCAAAUUGGAUUGCUGCUGAACUAUAUCACCUCUAUAGAGUCCAAUGAAACAAAUCUGGCUGGUGCUUUGGGUGCAGCAGUAUGUGAAGAGUUGAUUAGGACGUCUCUGUCUAUUGUGGAAGUCCUGAGUCAGCACCAUGUUCUCAUCACUCCACAUCAUAGUGCUGUUGUGGAUUCCAUCUUGCCUCCUUUGACAACACUGGCUUUCAGCAGAAAUGUGGAGUGCUCUGUGUUUGUUUUGAGGGUGCUGUCCGAACUCAGUCUUGUCCUGCUGGUCCAAGAGAGUGAUGGAACUGAGGAAGAUGAGGAGACAGAGGAAAAGAAAGAGAGAAGAGAGGAAGGAAGAAGGACAGCAGAAGGAGGAGACGAUGGAAGCCGCUGUCAUCAAAUCUUCUCUCUCAUCACUAAAUCUCUACUUCCAAGGUAUGAGGCUCUUCUUAGAGCAGCAGAGCCUAUCCCACUCUACGCACUCAAACUGCUGGUAUCGAUGACUGAACACAGCACGCACAUCUGCAGGUUGAUUAAACACAGUAGGAUUUUACCAACAGUCUUUCAGCUCAUUAUGGCUAACAGUGGUGAUGUUACCAGUGGGAUGGUCCAAAAUGCAGUUGCCUUGCUGUGUAAUCUCAGUGGAGACACAGUGUUGGACCUGGAGCCACAAUACCAACAAGGCCUAAUGGAGGUGGUGGUGAGCACGCUCUCAGAAGCUGCUCUAGUCCACCUGGAUGAGAGAGAGGGGCAUGCUGGGAGAAAGGUCAGCCAUCUUGUGUUACAAGCCCUUCUGGAGCUGCUUCACAACAUCCUCAAACAAACAUCUGCUGUUGUCCGCUCUGCACUGCAGAGCCAGAGGCUAUCUUGUCCAGCAGUAGAGAUGGAGGCAGCAGAGAAGCUGCUCCUGGAAAACAGACCCCUGAGCCAACUCAGCACACACCUCAUUCACAUGCUGUCCACUGAAAACCAGGAAGUUUGGGAGGAGUCUAUUCAGUGUCUGUCCCUACUGGUCCAGCUGUAUGGAGGAGAGGGUUAUGACUGCCUGUCACCUUCCUGUUUGCAAUGCUUUUCACAUGUGCUGCGCACACAAAUACACACAGAGACCCCCCGAAUCCAACGCACAACCCUGAGGAUCCUCAAACGACUGGUGCAGACUGCAGAUCGAUCUGAUUGGUCAGAAUGUCCUGAAGGGGCGGAGCUAAUUGGUCUAUUGCAGGACAUAACUAUGUCCAACAGGUGUCAUGUCGAUGUGGUUCCACUGGCUGCUGAAAUCCUCCAGGAGAUCUCUGGAUCUUAAAAGCAUUUCAUCGUUGAGGUUUGAACCUGAAGCAGACCAGAACCGUCCAACAAUUCACCAUCAGAGCUGUAAAGAUACUUACGAUUGGUGGUCUGCUGUUUAGAAUUUCUCUUCGUCUUCGGGUAACUUUUUUUGAGAAUCAUCAGGGAGGACUGUUCUUUCAAAAUGUCAGUUUUGGCAUAAAAUGUCUUCAGACAUCAGUUAUUUAUUUGUUGAAUCUCUCUGUCGAUCUGAGUUUUUUUGUAGAAACUGGACUGGAUGUGUGUACACAAUAAUGUAAUAUGUUGUUGGUCAUUUUUGUUUUAAAUAGCUGCUCCUCAAAGCUCUGAGACCUCAGUAAAACUGACCGAGUGGUGUCAGAGCACACUGUAUCCCUCUACAUGACUCAUUAAAUGUGCAAAUUGGAUCAGUGACAGUAAUAAAUAUUGUUGACAGCUCAAUCAAAACUUCCAUCCAGUGUCCAUCAGACUGCACAGGAUUACAGCAUGAAAGUUAAUUCAGACUGUCACAGGCGUCACAGCACUGGCCUCUGGGUUCGUUGAGACACUUCCAGUCAGCAUUAAUUUUGAAGCAUCAGCUCAUUAGUUCAUGUGUCUGCCAUCAUAUAUAAUGUGACAUAAUCACAAAUGUCUGCUUUGCCUGAUGGUGAAUGUAGCUAUGAGCAACACACUGCUCAACUACUGCCAGCUUCUCUUUUUCCCUUAAUGCAUCACACACUGAAAUGUGUCUCUUUGUCAGGAAUGGUGGUGCCACACAAAUGAAGAUGUUCUGCAUGGUGGCAGCAGGGACCAGUGCCAUGAAUAUAGUUUAACACUGAGCUAAUUCUCUACAGUGACAGGCCUGAUGGUACAGAAAUCACAACUUGUGUCUGUAAGUUACAGGUUACAGCCCACGUAUGUAAGUCAUCCUGCUGAUCCCAGGUUUAUCUGGUAUCUACCAUUAGUGUCCUUAACUGCAUAGAUUAAACAUGGUGGGAUAGAGUAAUCUAUCAUCACAGAGGGUGUCUGCAUUGAAACAGGUGUGUCUCAUAAUGGGCGUGAUCACCAUACACUUUAGGGGGACAAGUACCCCCCAUUAUUCAUUACGUAUCAAAUUUGUUCCUCUCAAUAAUGUAUUAAUUCAGACUAUUUUUAUGCUCAUAUAAUGUGCUUAAAAUUAGUUGCCAAUCAAUUUUCAGCACAACGGUGACCCUCGAGCUCAUUUAAUGAGAAAGCACUUGUGUUCUAAAUCUGGAUUUAAAGGAGAGAGAAUCACUGCUAGCUUGGGUCGAGGCGAGACCGGAUUCUAGUGAUAUUGAGACUGCAAAGCAUAGGUUACAUAACCAGUGACUUUGUUUUUGUAAUAUUUGAAAUCUGAACAGCACAUUGACACUGGGGCGAAAGUCAU